GCUGCAGAGAGAGGUUUUAACGAAAGAGAGCUUAAAGAAAACUACUUUGUGCCCUCCCUCUCUCUGCUAUUUGCGCUUCCUUUUAUCUUUCGCAUUCUUUUCUUCUCUUCGCUUCUAUCCCUCUCAUCUCAUGUCUUUCUCACAACUCUUGCUCUGUUUCUGUGUUUCUUGUGCCCGGAUGCUCUAGCUGCCUCAUGAACAUUGGAUUCACUGAGAUUUGCGUGAUAUUAUAGCCCGGGCUCCUGUUUGGUGAGUGAUAUUUGGAUUUUGGGUUUCAAUCUCUUGGAGGGAGAAAAAUUCACGGAAUUAGAAGACCGAGAGAAUGUCGCAAUCUGGGAAGUCUGAGCGAGAACUGGGCUAUGACUCUCUUGCGACUCGAUUCCGUGAUUCGCUGACCUGUGAAGAGAACAAGCCCGAUUUCAAAGAACUCGAUCUGGGUCCAUUCAUUUCGCCAUUGAAAAUCCGCAGCGCAGGUAAUGCUAGCAGCGGCGGUGGAGCAGCUGCCACUUCGAGCUCGAGCUCGAGCUCCUCCGGCUCAGUCACAGGCAGAAGCAACGCUCCCAAGUUGCCCAGAAGACCCGACGGAAAGCCAAACCACCAUUCUGGCGAGCUCACUGGCUAUUUCGAUACCAGCCCGAAUGCCUCAGAGAGUCUCCGAUCCGCUUCGGCAGCGAGCAAUUCCAGGCCGGGUCAUCGGAGAUCGGUUUCGGCUGGAGCCCCAUUGCUCUACUCCGGCGGAAGUCAUAGCAGCCCGGGGAGUAAUAAUUGCUCGAACAGUGCAACUUCAGGGAGCAAUUUAUUCCCAACUGGUAAUAUUUGUCCUUCGGGAAAGAUCCUCAAAUCGGGCAUGGUGUCUCGAGCUUCCAAUAGAACUGAUGUGUUGGGUUCUGGAACGGCAAACUAUGGCCAUGGCAAUAUAAUGCGUGGUGGCACGAAAUUGAGCAAUUCUGGGCACGUCGUGGAUGACAGUGGGGCUGGAAAUUCUCAGCUCGGUGGAGCAUCGGGGGGUGUUAGACGAGCAAUGAGUGGUUCUGAUCCGGAAGAGAUGAAGAGGACUGGGAAUGAGUUAUAUAGAAGAGGUAAUUUUGUGGAGGCAUUGUCAUUGUACGAUCGUGCUAUUUCGAUAUCGCCCAAUAAUGCAGCCUACCGGAGUAACCGGGCAGCGGCGUUGACGGCGUUGGGGAGACUGGCCGAGGCAGCGAAGGAGUGCGAAGAGGCUGUGAAGUUGGAACCUAAUUAUGCUCGGGCACAUCAGAGGCUGGCUUCUCUCUGCCUGCGCCUUGGACAUAUCGAACCCGCCAAGCGCCACCUCUAUCUCCCUGGGCAACACGUGGAUCAAUCUGAACUGCAGAAGCUGAGGUUAUUGGAGAAACACAUGAACCAAUGUGCAGAGGCAAGAAAGAUUGGUGAUUGGAAGACUGCACUUGGGGAAUCAAAUGCAGCCAUUGCAGUUGGAGCAGAUUUCUCACCUGAGCUUGUUGCUUGUAAAGUGGAAGCUUAUUUAAAACUCCAUCAGCUUGUGGAUGCUGAGUCCAGUCUCUCAAACAUUCCAAAGCUGGAAGGCUGUCCUUUAUCCUGCUCUCAAACCAAGUUCUUUGGUAUGUUUGGGGAAGCCUAUGUGCACUUUGUUUAUGCUCAGGUUCAUAUGGCCAUGGGAAGAUUUGAGAAUGCGGUAGCAGCAGCUGAAAAGGCCAGACUGAUAGAUUACAGCAAUGUAGAAGUUGAGAGGGUUCUAAAUACUGUGAAAAUGGUAGCAAGAGCUCGUUCAAAGGGCAAUGAUCUCUUUAGCACUGGCAAAUUUUCUGAAGCUUGUUCUGCUUAUGGGGAAGGCCUCAAAUAUGACAGUUUCAACUAUGUUCUGUAUUGUAAUAGAGCUGUUUGUUGGUCUAAACUUGGACUAUGGGAAAAAUCUGUUGAGGAUUGUAACCAAGCUCUCAACAUUCAGCCAAAUUACACCAAGGCCCUCUUUCGUAGGGCCGCAUCAAAUGCAAAGCUUGAAAGAUGGGCUGAAGUUGUGAAAGAUUAUGAGACCCUAAAACAAGAACUCCCGGGAGAUAAUGAAGUUGUCGAAUCCCUUCGUAAGGCUCAGUUAGCUUUAAUAAAAUCUCGUGGGGAGGACCAUGCUGGAAAGCAUGAAGUUGAAGUUGGAGCUGUCUCUUCGUUGGAUGAAUUUAAAGCUGCUAUUGCUUCUGCUGGUAUUUCAGUAGUUCAUUUCAAAGAGGCAUCGGAUGAACUAUGUGGAGAAAUAUCCCCAUUCAUAAAUAUGCUGUGCGUCAGAUACCCAUCUGUUAAAUUUAUCAAGGUUGAUGUGGAGGAGUGUUUAGCUGUAGCAAGAGCUGAGAGCAUAAGAACUGUCCCAACGUUCAAAAUCUAUAAAAAUGGAACGAAGGUGAAGGAGAUGAUUCGGCCAACGCAUAAGUUCUUAGAGGAGUCAGUAAGAAGCUAUAGUUCCCUCUGAAUUCUGUGAUUAUUCAUAACAAUUUGCAUUCAUGGACGAGCCAGACCCACAAUUGAAGAGGGCGCUUACAAGGACAUGCAUCAGGUGCCCUUAGUUUGAGAUUAGGAUCAUCAAUUUUUCUUGUGAUACACACAGUUGCAUACAAAUUCUUUCACAAUACUUCUAGGCAAAAAAACCUCAGAAAGAUAGCAGCAAGUUAGCUAAACAUUUGAAAUGUUUGAUUUGAUGUAUAUCCAAAGGGUAUCUUUCUUUUUU